UCAGAUUGCUCACCUCCCCUAACAGGGCAAGUGCACCUUCCAUGACCUUGGUGAAGACAUGGGAAGACAUGGACAGCCUGAAGGGGAGGACCUUGUACUGGUAUGUCUGGCCCUUGAAGAAACGGUCUGUGUCGAGAUAAAAUCAAGACGUGAAAGUAUAAGCGUAUGAGGGAAUGUGUUUCUGCAUCAAUAUCUUGAACGGGAGCUUGUGCAGGGCCUGAUUCAAGACUUGCAGAUCCAAGAUCAGUCGUAACCCACUGCUUUUCUUGGGUACAAUGAAGUAAGUACUGUAAAACCCUGACUUCAUCUUGGAUGGAGGGACAGGCUGUAUUUGUCCUUCUCCAGCAGGACUGUGAUCUUUGCAUGCAGGACACAGGUGUCUGUUUGCCACCGAGGUAAAAAGAGCACCACUGAACCCUGGGGGACGCCUGGCCAACUGAAUCACGUAGAUGAUUGGGAUUCUCUGAACUAACCAGCGAGAUGGCUUGGGCAGCGCUAGCCAGUCUCCCAAACUCUGUACAAGUGACACCAAAGGGAAAACAGUAAAUGUACACAUGGUGGGGCAGUGAACUUUUGUACAGUGUGAUUUUAUGUUUGUUUGUUUGUUGACUAGAUGUGUUAGUAUUUAGUUAAUAAAACUUUUGUGCACAAAUUACAUGAGUUUCUGAUUGUGUCACUGUUUGUGGAUAAUGUCCCUUUACUCGAAUGCACUAGUACUGUAAGCAAACUGUUUUCUACGGCCACAAAAAUAUAAUUUAAUAUCAGUUGAUAUGAAAUUACACUGAAUGUUCACUGGACGAACAGAUUAGUUUAUGGUCAUAUUAAUUCUGCUUCAGUUACUACUGGCCACAUUAGUUUGAUCUCUAAAUAAAUGCAACUUACAUUUACAGUAAAUGUAUUUACUUUAAAAACAGGUGUGUCAAAACUCAGCAGGAAUGAGGAACCUGCUUUAUAGACUUACAGACAAACCUGUUUUACACACGUCACUCAAACACAGAAUCAGGAAAGUAUUUAAACUCAUCCGUUCAGGGAAAGAGAAACUGAAGUGUAGCUGAGCUGUUGUGUGUUUGUGUCUCUGUGUUCAAGCAGUAAAAUGGCAGGAGCCAGAGUUUUUCAGGAUGAGUUCAUGUGUUCAGUGUGUCUGGAUCUCCUGAAGGAUCCAGUGACCAUCCAGUGUGGACACAGUUACUGUAAGAGCUGUAUUACAGGCUGCUGGGAUCAGGAGGAUCAGAAGAGAGUCUACAGCUGCCCUCAGUGCAGACAGACCUUCAGUCCAAGACCUGCUUUAGCUAGAAACACCAUGCUGGCUGAAGUGGUGGAGAAACUGAAGAAGACCAAACUCUCUGCUGACUGUGACGCUGGAGCUGGAGAUGUUCAGUGUGACGUCUGUACUGGAAGAAAAUACAAAGCCGUCAAGUCCUGUUUGGUGUGUCUGGAGUCUUACUGUCAAACUCAUUUUGAGCGUCACGAGGAGUUUCACUCAGGAAAACGACACAAAGUGACUGAUGCUACGGGACGACUGCAGGAGAUGAUCUGCCAGAAACAUGAGAAGCUCCUUGAGGUUUUCUGUCGCACUGAUCAGAGAUGUAUAUGCAUGCUGUGUAAGAUUAUUGAACAUAAAAACCAUGACAUUGUGUCAGCUGCAGACCAGAGGACAGAGAAACAGAAGCAGCUGAAGGAGACGCAGAAGACGCUCCAGCAGAGAAUCCAGCAGAGAGAGAAAGAUCUUCAGCAGCUGAAAGAGGCUGUGGAGUCUCAUAAGCGCUCUGCACAGACAGCAGUGGAGGACAGUGAGAGGAUCUUUACUGAGCUCAUCCGCUCCAUUAAGAGAAGCCACUCUGAGCUGAUUCGGCUGAUCAGAGAUCAGGAGAAGACUGCAGUGAGUCGAGCUAAAGGACGACUGGAGCGACUGGAGCAGGAGAUCAAUGAUCUGAGGAGGAGAGACGCUGAGCUGGAGCAGCUUUCAAACACACAGGAUCACAUCCAGUUCCUGCAGAGUUUCCAGUCUCUCUCAGCACCUCCUGAAUCUACAGACGUAAAUGAUGAUCUCUUCAGUUCUCUCGUCUCUUCUGAUGCUCUGAGAGAAUCUGUUCAUCAGCUGAGAGACAAACUGGACGAUUUCUGCACAGAGCCGCUCAAGCAGAUCUCACACAGAGAAACACUCACCAACAUUGUUCCCAGAACCAGGAACCACUUCCUACAAUAUUCUCAUCAGUUCACUCUGGAUCUGAACACAGUGAAUAAACUCCUCCGUCUGUCUGAGAGCAACAGAGUGAUUACUAAUACUGACACAGAUCAGCCGUAUCCUGAUCAUCCAGACAGAUUUCAGUAUUAUAAUCAGGUGUUGUGUAGAGAGAGUGUGUGUGGACGCUGUUACUGGGAGCUGCAGUGGAGUGGAGAUAAAGGUGUGGAGAUAUCAGUGUCAUAUAAGAGUAUCAGCAGGAAGGGUCGGGGUUAUGAGUGUGGGUUUGGAUUUAAUGAUCAGUCCUGGAGUUUGUUCUGCUUUCCCUCCAGAUACAUAUUCAUACACAAUAACACACAGACUGAUCUCUCUGUGAAACCCAUCAGCAGGAGAUUAGGAGUGUUUGUGGAUCACAGUGCAGGAACUCUGUCCUUCUACAGCGUCUCUGACACAAUGAGCCUCAUCCACACAGUCCAGACCACAUUCACUCAGACGCUCUAUCCUGGGUUUUGGGUUGGUUCCGGAUCAUCAGUGAAACUGUGUUGAUGAAUCAGAAUAGAUAUUAUUAUCAAAACGGUCUUUCAAUUCAAAAGAUCACACAGUUAAUAAAUAAUUGUCAUUAUUUACCUUAUGUAGCUCCGGCCCAUUCCAACGUCUGUGUUCUUCUGUAUUCCGGUGUUUUUAUUGUCAUGCAUUUAAAUGUUAAUUUGUUUUUAAUGUUAAGUUACAGCUUGUUAAAUAAUUAGUGUUAAAAAGUGUAAAUGACCAUUUUAAACUCUUAAAGCUCAUAUGUGAUUUCAUGACAUUCAAGGAAAAUAGUCUUGUACUUUUUGAGCUUCA